UCGAGGGUUUUAGACGGGAAGGACUGAGGCAGUGUGCGAAUCUGCAAUCUCCCUCUCUCUCUCGCUAGCAUGGAGAGUAUGGAGGCUGUAAGAUUUCGUGUGGUGUUCGAAGAUGGUCACAUUCUGAGCAAAUCGCAGAGAUCGGAGGGACUGAAUCGAAGCUGGCUUCUCCUUAAACCUCCACUCGAUACCAUCUCUGAUCUCUGCUCCUACCUUGCCCACGUUUUCAACCUCUACGACUCUUGCCCUAACGGCAUCAUCCUCUCUAUGGAUGGCUUUGUGUUGCCACCAUUUGAGUCUACGUGUAUUAUAAAGGAUAAAGAUGUAAUCAGAGUCAAAAUGAAGGGAGGAAUGUUGUAUGAGAUUGUCGAGGUAGGUGAUGGAGCAAAUAUAAUUGAAGAAGGCGAAAUUGUGGAGAAGCAACCUGCACUCACAAGUGUGCCACUUUUAGCAAAUGAGGAAUUUGAGAACGAGACGGGUGGUUACCAAAGUGAACCUGAAGAGGAUGAAGACAACCAGUCAGAGGAUACAUUACAUGUAGAAAAUUCAUCUGACAGAAAGGUAGUUUCCAAGAAAAGAAAAGCAUCGAAGAAACUCCAGAGCUCUAAGAAGAAGCAAAAACGCUCUACGGAUUCUCAAGACACUGAAAAUGAUUUUCAUAUAGAGCAGGAGAGGUGUGAAUUCCACCCUGGAAAGAGUAUUGACAAGAAGAAGAAAGUAUCUCUUAAAGGAUGGAAGGGUAGAGGCUUGUGGUGUCCCCUCCAGUCAAGAAUUGGGGCCAAACAAUCACUAGUUAAUAUGCUUGUAAAGUGUAAAACUAAGAAAACAAGUACCCCUAGAAGUGCUGAAAGAAAUAAUGGCAGCGUUGAACCUUUGCCUAGCACAAAGAGGUCUGAUCAGCUUCAAGAAAAUGGCACAAUAUGUAUUGAUGAUGUACAUCAGAUGCCUGAUGAAAUUGGCAAGGUCCCUAGUAGAAGUGCUCGGCGGAAAAAAGCCAAGAGGCAAUGGCUGCGGGAACUGGCCAAAACUGAAAAGAAAGAGCUGGUAAUCCCUAAUAUGCAGCUACAUCAGGUGCAAUCUCCUGAAAAGGAUGUGCACAAGGAUUUCAUGGAACAUCAACAACAAAACCAAAUCCCUAAUAUUCAGCCACAUCAGGUGCAAUCUCCUGAAAAGGAUGUGCAUAAUGAUUCCAUGGAACAACAACAACAAAACCAAGUCCCUAAUGUGCAGCUACAUCAAGUGCUAUCUCCUGAAAAGGGCAUGCAUAAUAAUUCUAUAGAACAUCAACAACAAAACCAGAAUAGUGAAGCAGAUAAUGAGAUUGUUCCCAUUGUGAUUAGGCCAGGACAUAUUCGCUUUGAGCCUUUGGGAAAGGACCAGGCUGCUCAGCAAAACCAAGUUUCCGUGGAAACAUUUCAGUGGAAUGGGAUCAUCAGCAAGAAAAAGGGUCAAAAAUGGGGUAAGGAAAAAUUUUCAUCCCGGAGGAAUGACUAUAAGGACUCCAAUGAAGAACGUUCUGAAGUGAUGACUACUGAAAGAGUGGAUCCUCCAAAUAAUCCCCUUGACUUCGAUAAGCUUGCACCAUUGGCUAGGUUGCCUAAGGAAGGUGAUGUGAUUGCAUAUCGUUUACUGGAAUUGUCAUCAACGUGGACGCCUGAGCUUUCCUCUUUCCGGGUUGGGAAAACGUCACGAUAUGAUCCUGAAUCCGAUAGAGUUCUACUCACACCAGUCCCAGAAUAUCCAAUUAUUUUUGACAAGUCAGAUGAAGAUGAGUGUGCACAACCACCAGAUGACUCUCUUUAUGGGGAAGAUGGAUCUCUAGAGAUAGAAUUUUCUUCACUUGUUGAUACCCGGAUUGUCAAGCAUGGUAACUCAGAUCCUGCAAAAGCAGUGACUGACUGUGUUAAUGACGAUCCUGUGAGCAGUGAAGUUCGUGUAUCAACUGUGGUGCCUAGCAAUAACAAUACACAAACACUUGCUCCUACCCCAGAAAAAGACAUCAAUGUGUGGGAUGAAUUCAGCGAGGCUCUAAACACAAAGAAAGAACAGCUGAUUCGGGAGAAAGGUUGCAGUGAGAGUUCUGGCAAGAGCUCAUGGUCAUUUAGAGCCAUGAGAGGCAGUGCACUUGGCCCAACAAUGGCUAUUCUAAGAGCAAAGAAUGCUAUAUAAGUAUAUGACAACCUACAUCUAUUUGGGUCUAUGAAUAUGUAAUAUACAUUGAGCAUUUUUACCAGAAGCAGAGAACAUCCUUUGUAGCUCUAUAGCCCUAUGGAAUAUGUCACAUUUGAGCUCAGUGUUCAUAUUAGGGGGGCUGGAACCCUAGUUUGCUUAUUGGUUUCCAUGUUUUAAUAUAUCCGUUUUCCAACUGCUGUAUAUAGACCAACCUUCCCAGAUUCUGUAGAAAAUUUUGAUAUCUUGUUGUCCUUA